UUGAGUGCAUACGGUCACGGAGCUGUCAUUCUUAUUUUACCAACCCGGCCCUCUCCCUUUCCCCCACUUUCAACAUCUCAAAUAGUACUGUAGACAGCAAAUUAACGUUAGCAGCUGUCUGGUCUCUCCUCUCUCUCUCUUUCCCUCUUACAGCAACAGCAACAACAACAAUCAACCAACCAACCAACCAACUUCCAUAAGAUCUUUUAAAGUAAGCUUCAUCAUCCCAUUUUCAGACCAUCUUCAAUGAUUCAUUUGUUGUGAGCUUAUAGGGUGGGGGCGGCGCCUUUGGAAAUGGAUAAAGAGACAAGUAUCGUAAAGCAAAAAUUAGCAAAAGUGAUGAAGAUCAUCAACCGGAAUUGCAGAAGCUUCAGCUUGUUACUACAUCAAUCUUGUCAACUGUAAAUAUAAAUCCGAAAAAGGAAAGUUACCCAUUUGUUUUUGUUUUGCUUUGUUUAAAAAGGCAAUGACGGCUGCUUAUCCAUCUUACCGAUCACCAUUCGGUGACACGACGUUGACGAAAGUGUUUGUUGGAGGAUUGGCUUGGGAGACACCCACCGACGACAUGCGUAGGUAUUUUGAACAGUUUGGAGAGAUUCUUGAAGCUGUUAUCAUCACUGAUAAAAUCACUGGGAAAUCUAAAGGAUAUGGCUUUGUUACUUUUCGUGAUCCAGAAUCAGCUAGGAAAGCCUGUGUUGAUCCAAACCCUAUAAUCAAUGGAAGAAGAGCAAAUUGUAACAUUGCUUCACUUGGAAGGCCUACACCUUCACCUCCGCGAGGAAGUAUUCAAGGUAGCAAUCCUUAUCAGGUUGUUGGACAGCAAGGUGCACCAUCUUACAGUGGAGUUGCAGCACCACUGCCACCACCUCUACCUCCGGCUCCGGUCUUUUAUGCACCAUACGGGUACACAACUUAUGGUCCUGAAUAUGGGUAUCACCAAGGUGUCUAUAAUCCACAAAUUCAGCAGCCACAAUACUAUCAUCAACUGUAUGGAUCAUUGUCAUCGUCAUCAUCAAUGGGCUCCCCAUAUUUUUAUGGGUAUUGUUUGCAACCUCCAAGGGGGACAUUUUCUGUACAACGCUUCCAUGGACCUUCCUAUCUUUACUAUCCUACUCCAAUGGAGGGGUCCUUCUCCACCUAUCCUCCUCCCCCACCCUUUCCCUCUUCCUCAGAUUCUCAGACUCAACAACAUACCACAACAGAAACAGAAGGUGGUGCCACUACAUCUGAAAGUCCAAAACCCUAAAAAGAUGUUCAAACUGUAUAAUCUUGAUGUUCUUCAAAAUCACCUUAUUUCACUCUUAUAUUUCUCAACAAUUUAGCCAUAGGUGGAUACUGAAUGCCCCCUCUUUGCAGUAAAAAGAGCACUAAUCAACCACCCUAUGCAGAUUAUUUUUCCCUCUUCUUUAAUUCCCAAGAAAAAAAGGCCAUUAAUUCUUAUAUUUUUUGUUUCCCAAAGUUUAACACAUCUUUUUACACAAUUGUAUGAACAGUGAAGGGAAUUGGAUUACCUCAAUAAUCAUUUUUUGUUGUUGUUGAUUAACAA